GCUUAUCAUCUUGGAAUGUAAUCUACUAUAGAAGACUAGUAACAUAUAAACAGUUAGCAAUGGAAGAAAAGAAUUCAAAAUUACAAGUUCAACCCCCAAAUAAGGGGAAUCUCAUAACAAUCCUUAGUAUUGAUGGUGGGGGUAUAAAAGGAAUCAUCCCUGGUGUAAUUCUUGCUUACCUAGAAUCCCAGCUUCAGGAGCUAGACGGUGAAGAUGCAAGGCUUGCAGAUUACUUUGAUGUAAUCGCAGGAACGAGUACGGGUGGUCUCGUGACCGGCAUGCUAACUGCGCCAAAUGAAAAUAAUAGACCUUUAUAUGCUGCAAAAGACUUGGUCCCUUUUUACCUUGAGAACUGCCCAAAAAUUUUUCCUCAGUCUAAGGGAACGCUGGCGGCACUGAUGGGCACAUUUAAAGCUCUACAAGGACCUAUGUAUGAUGGGAAGUAUCUUCAUAGCCUUUUAGAGGGCCAAUUGGGGAAGACAAGGUUGCAUGAUACUCUCACCAAUGUUGUUAUUACAAGUUUUGACAUCAAGAAACUUCAACCUACUAUCUUUAGCUCGUUUAAGGCGCCUAAGGAUUCUGCAAUGGAUGCCUUACUAUCGGACAUAUGCAUUAGUACUUCAGCGGCACCUUUAUUUUUUCCUUCCCACCAAUUUGAGAACCAAGGAAAAGAAUUCAACCUUAUAGAUGGUGGAGUAGCAGCUAAUAACCCGGCAUUGAUUGCCAUUUCGGAAGUGACAAGAGAAACGUUCAAGAAAAGUCCCGAUUUCUUCCCUCUUAAGCCAAUGGAUUUUGGACGUUUUCUUGUGAUAUCCCUAGGGACGGGCGACGCAAAGAAUGAAGGACAAUAUGAUGCGAAAAAGGCAGCCAAGUGGGGGUUUUUGGAAUGGCUCUCUCUCAACAAUUCUACUCCUCUUUUGAAUGUGUUUUACCAAGCAAAUGCAGAUAUGGUUGAUUUUCACAAUUGCGUUGUUUUUCAAGCACUUCUUUCCCAAGAAAACUACCUCCGCAUCCAAGAUGAUACUUUGCCUGCGGAGUUAGCCACUAUGCAUAGAGCAACGGAAAAGAACUUGGAAAAUCUGGUAAAAGUCGGUGAAGAGCUGUUGAAAAAACCGGUUUCAAGGAUGAAUUUUGAGAAUGGUGUUGUUGAACCGGUGGAGAAUGCAGGAACCAAUAUGGAAGCACUCAAAAGGUUCGCAAAAUUACUCUCAGAAGAAAGAAAACUCCGGAGAUCCAACACCAUUACACCAAGCAAUAAUUAAAUAUUGGAGAUUAUGUCACUGUUUUAUCUUAUUUAAAUUGAUAAUGAAAAACGUAUUUGAUUUUUAGUCAUGGUUGAUGUAUCAAACCUUUUCGGUAAGGGUACGAGUUUAUCUUGUUGUUCACUGUUCAAUUUUAACUAUGAUAUUAGACAGCA